AUGUCACCAGCAAUCCACGUCGGAUAUUCUCCCAAGUCAUUAUAUAACACCAUUCCCAAAAAGGGUACUUUCGACAGUGAGUAUCGUUACAAAAUAGUAGAUCAGAUCUGUGUUGAGUCGAAUUUGUACAAGAUCCUUGGCGUGGAGAAAACCUGUUCAUCUGAAGAACUCAGAAGGGCGUACAUUCAGAGGUCUAGAGUAUGCCAUCCCGACAAAUUUCCCGGAUAUCCACGAGCAACCGAAGCAUUUCAAAAAUUGUCCUAUUCCUACGAGACGCUCAUCAAGCCAUCUACCCGGAGAGCAUACGAUGUAUCAGGUUCAUCUGAAUUCAACAUGUUUGCUGGAUUGGCCGAUGAAACUCUGCACGGAGUAUUAUAUCAGCUAUUCUUGGAAUUCAUGGAUGGAGACUUUGCGAUGAUACACGCGCUAAUAAAUGCAUUGAACGAGGGCAACCCUGGUCUCAAUAUUGGAGAAGAUGUAAUCGAGACAAUGGAGCAACUUUUCAGACGACUGAGAAAACUACUAUUAGUUCUUCUUUGCAACUUUCCCCCCGAUCCUGCAGCUGGACAAAAAUACAUGAAAAUCAUUAAAUUUGAAUUGAUUCGUCUCCAUGAAAUCCAGCAAGAGCUUCGGACUCUCUCGUAUUUUGACGUAUUUGGCAGGUUCAAACGUACCAUGCAGUUAGCACGCAUUACCUUGCGCAUACCAAUGCUUAUCGAUUCUGCUAUGAAGACAGAGCACAAAAUGAAUGGUGGUAACGGUGUUCAACACGGACUUCUUGGUGACGGCAUGGCUAAAUUCCUUGGUGGAGUAGUGAGUGCGCUCGAGACGGCGGAAAAUCUCUUGUAA